AGUUUUCCCCUUUUUUCCUCAUUAUUUGGACCCUUCAUUCCUCAAAUUCUCUUCAUUUCAAUAACUUGCAUCACCAAAAUUCUCUUGCCAACUUUCUAAAGAAAACUAAACCAUGAAGAUCUUCAAUUGGGUGCACAAGAAGUUUCAUCAUAACAAUAGUACUCUCAAGGAUGGAUUUGCUUCAAACAUGAAAAAGACUGAAUCUACAAUGAACAACAAUGAUAAUCAAGCUUUGUUGAAACAAGUUGCUUUGACCGAUAUGCUUGGCGGUUGGAAAGAUGGAAUUCUAACCAUUGGUACUCUUGGCUAUGAUCCAUUGGAAUCCAUCAACCAUCACAAAAAUUACUUUUCUUUGGAAGCUGAAAAACAACAUGACUUAGUUGAUGAUGAUGUUGAAAAAUUCUAUAAUGUUGAAAAAGAGGAACUUAAUCCAUUGAUCAACAAUACAUUUAAUGAGAACAACUUUGAGGAUGUUGUUUGUGAAAACCAUGAUGAUAUUGAUGCUAUAAAAGAAGAUGAAAUUAUGAUUAUGAACUUUAAGGAAAUUGUUGAGGUUCCACAUGUGAUUUGUCAUGAAAUUAUGGAGGCAAAUGAUGUGGAAUCUGAUCAAAAGAAAAGGAUCACAUUAGCUGAUCUUUUUCUUGCUGAUUCUGAUGUUAAGAUGAAACUUGAUUACCAUGCAGCCAAAGUCAUGGUUGAGGCUAGUGAAAAGCCAAACCUUAAAGCAAAAAAUGGACUUUCUUUUGCUAAGAAGAUUAUACCAAAUGCACAUCCAAUGAAAGAUAUCAAGAAACUGAUGAAAAAGAUGUUAAAGAGGAAAAUUCACCCGGAUCUUGUUGAUGUCAAAAUUCACAAAGCAGAAGGAAUAAUUAAUGAUAAUCACAUGAAUGAAGGCAAUGACUCAAGUUAUUUUCUCCCAAUUUAAGGUGCAUGCUAGCUAGUGUUGAGCCCUGGGAGUGUCACUGUUCAUCUGGCCAUGUAGAUUUAUUUAUGAUACGUAUGAGACUAAAAUACUUAGGUUAUCUUUGUGUCUAUUAUGACCAAAGAGAUGAACCAUUUGAUUUUGUAAUUUGUGUGAUUAUGUUGUUUCCCGUUGGCUUUAGUUUGACGUAAUUAAGAACAUAUAUCUCUGUUAUUUGUCAUUAUUAUGUUGAAGUUUAAUUUGGCACGCAUUAACUAUGCA